CGUAGAUAGGGAGCAAUUGCGAGGUAAAUUGAGAGACGUCGUAUUGUUGAGGCGUAGAAAUUCCCUGCAAAAUGGGGGUGCAUGCAAAAAGGUGGUCAAUGCGGUUAGGUGGUAACUCAAGCUUCAUAGAUAUUCGCAGGUCGUCAACCACUCCGAUCGGGAGGCCGAUUGUUGCAGAGGGUUUGGCGGUUGCCCAAGUUGCCUCAAUGCUGAGUCUUCCGUGUCGGUGAAAGGGAUGUAACUGCGUAGUUGGAAAUAUUUUCAUUGUGUGGGGAUCGUGUGGGUCGACCGAGGCAUUGUCCUUAAGUAGAGGUAGGUAAGGCCUCUCCUGUAAUCUGUCUACUGGAAUCCCAUCUCAUUCUCCAUUCUCGGAUCCCUAUUCCCAUCGACCGAAUAAUACAAUGUCAGCCACCGUCAAGACCAUCUCGGUCCCGCAUCUGGGCAUCAAGGCUGGAUAUGCCUUCGGCAACGACAGCUACGAUGCGUCCAAGCCGACAGCCGUUCUCAUCAACUCCAUGUGCAUGUCCUCGGCACUAUAUCGCGCCCAGUUCAGCGAUACCAAGCUGACCGAUGCCAUGAAUCUGCUCGCCAUAGAGCCCCUGGGCCACGGGGCAACCACCUGUGCUUCUGAGCACUUCACCUAUUGGGACUCGGCAAUCAUGGCCCUGCAAGUGUUGGACGCUUUGGGCAUUUCCAAGGUCUUCGCCCUUGGUACAAGCCAGGGUGGAUGGGUCGUGCCCCGAAUUGCGCUUCUCGCCCCUGAAAGAGUACUUGGCCUCGUUUUGCUUGGAACGUCCAUGGACUGCGAGUCGGCUGACAGCCGGGGAAAAGGCUGCUGGGACCCUGUUACCUUCUUCAAGCCUUUUCUAGCCAAGUGGGCGACCGAAAAGGAAACCCCAGAUUUCGUCCCUGAUGAUGAAUGGACAGCGGCAGUUGCCGGACUGGGUUUUGGCUCCUUCGGCACGCAAGAGACCAGCGACUUCUGGACGAAUUCCAUUAGGCAGGUGUAUAAGGGCACCGAAGGCAGGAAUAAAUUGCGAAUCGCUGUCAUCAACUUGGCGGAGAGAGAUGGACUUCUGCUUAGACUCCCUUACAUCAAGUGCCCCGUCCACUGGCUUGCAGGAACUGAUGACCCCGUCUAUGGCACUAUCAUACCAGCUGAACAGAUCAAGCUUUUCACUUCAUCCAAGGAUACCAAGCUAGAUAUCAUCCAAGGGGGGGCACACUAUUUGAAUGCGACACACCCGAGAGAGGUUAAUAGUGCACUGUUGGACAUGGUCAAGAAGACUCUACCUUAAUGUCCGAUAUAGUAUAUACUAGUUAAAUAGACGUCCUAUAUUUAAUUCUCA